AUGAUCGUUCCAGCCCCCAUGGCCGCAGAUCAGAAGGCAUCAGGUUCUGCCUGCGCUUUAUCACUCGAGCUUAUGGACACGGUAAUCCUUCAUAUUUCAGCACUGCCUGGUCCACGGCCUUGGUCCAGGCAGUUCCGGUUCUGGUACAAAAAGUACAACUCCGAGCUCCAGUCGCUGUCUACAGGGCCGUGCAACGAAACUCUAGAGGACUAUUACGCAUCCUUCGACGCGCCACAAGGCUCCUUUCACUCAUCACAGCUCUUGUCUGUCUGCUAUCAGCACGAGAGAUGUGUCUAUGACGGCCUGUCGACCGAUGAGCAACUAAACUUCCAGAGUGCAGGGAUCGCGCUAGGCCUGCUACCGACUCUGAUAUCCUCCCUCGGAAUCAGCAUUACCGAAGUCGCGCUUCUUUCCGCACACCGACCGUUCCUGUCCCUGCUACUCAGCCUGGCGGCUCCAGCUGUCUGGCCGCUGAGGAUAUUUGAGUACAAUGACCCAGCCCAUCUCCUGGCUCCAGGGCCGGGCCGGGUAGAGAUGCAGAGAUUGGGGCCAUGGGCCGCCCGCGCACUCAGUCUAUGCGAAUACGUACUGGCCAUCGCGGCGGUUUUCAGUAACUUCCUCCUGUCGUGGGAUAUGGGGAACAAGACCAUCCUGUCCUGGGGUUGUACCAUGACUUUUGGGCCUCUGCUGUGGAUGUCGCUACCGCUGGUCCUGCACAUCCCGUCGGCGCUUAGCUACGGGAUCAUAGCCUGGCAGGGGAUAGAUGAUCCUAGCGCCAACUAUGCCUUCGCCUGGUUAAUUGACGGAUACACAUCAUCAAGUCAGGACAUAGUACAAGUCCAGCAGUGGCUGCAGUACUGCAAGGCAAAUCAUGACGAUCGCAGGCCUGUAUCAAGUGGCAUUCGAUUAAACCGCUUUCUUCUAGUCGGGGAAUCAAUCGACACCACUGUGAAGUUCAUACAAGCACAGAAUCUCGACAAAGGGGACGCAGAGCCUUACACCACGCUCUCAUAUUGUUGCAUGACCAAGUAUUCAAAACUACGUCGGCAAGCAAAGCUGAGAUGGAAGAUGGAUGAUGAGGAUGAGCUUGCUAAAGAGGUCGCGAAAAUGCAUCAUUACGAUAGCAACUCUUUUUUUACUAUAUCGGCAGCGACAGCAGCAUCUUGCAGUGAGGGCUUUCUACAUGAUCAUGCAAUGCCGCACAAGGGUGACUACGAUUUGUUUGGGCCUUACUAUUUCCCAGUUGACCUCGGGGUUCCGGAACAGCCUUCAAAUUUGAAACUUCUCAAAACCUCCAACCCGAUUUACACCAUCGAAUCGCGAGCGUGUACACUACAGGAAGAGCUACUCUCUCAUCGUUUGAUCUCUUUUCAUGACCGCUUCGUCAGAUGGUCUUGCCGCACGGCGUCAUACGGAAAUUAUUAUCGUUAUAAUUUCCGUGAUUUACGCGGUCUUCUGGUCGAUUUUGUCAGCGGAACGGAGGAACUAUCUGAUUACGAGUUGGCUUGGAGUACGGUAGUGGUGUGGCGCUGUGUUGUCGAGGAUUACACGGCCCGGGCUCUGUCUAACGAGAGGGACAAGCUGCCGGCCAUAUCUGGGAUUGCUUCCGUCCUAUCAACCCCUUCUGAUUCAUCAGAACGGAGUCAUCAGAUUAACUUUGUGGCUGGCCACCUUGUGCACUGUUCACUUGCACAUCCAUUGACAGUGGUGGACUCUUCGAGACUGGAGAUCAGAUAUGAACCCCAAGACUAUUUCGAGUCGGGACUAGUGGCUAUCCAACUCGUAUGGCAGCAUGCGUGGUGGGUCGAGCUCGAAAGUCAAAAACAAAAUUCUCAACCGUCACCUUAUGUUGCCCCUUCAUGGUCAUGGGCAAGCCAUGUGGGUGGAGUUAGUGUAAUGAGCUACACAAACUACCAAUCGUACGGCACAAAGUACGAAGCUUUUGACAACCUCAUCCUCAAAUUCUGGGAGAAGGGAUUGAGGGUUCGGGAAGUCGGCGUUGUUCUGCGCAACUCGGAAGCACCGUACGGAGCACUAACUGGGGGUUUCAAUAACUCUGGACGGCCACAUCUUCCGCUCGGAUGA